GACGUUUUCUCGCAGCCAAUGAGCGUUCGCUGUAGUUUUUCAGGACCUAAAUCGGCGCAGACAUCCUGGUCGAUUUGCGCCAACAUGGCUGAUGAAACUGCCAAAGCGCAGGCCGCCCAGCCGGGUGGAGAUACAGUAUUUGGGAAAAUCGUCCGAAAAGAGAUUCCUGUCCAGUUCCUCCAUGAAGAUGACUUGGUAAGCACUUAUUUUUUAACCGUAAACCCAUUUAGGUGGACGGUGUCUGAGCUGCACGCCUGCUCCCUGCAGACUGACGUUUAGCUAACAGCAGCUAGUUGUGCACAAACUGGAUUUGCAUGGUCUGUUAAUAUACAGUAGAUUGAACUUUGUUUGGCUGUGGGCUAUUUUCACAGCUUUAGCAAUAACUUGCGUAUGCUGCUGUGAAUUGCCUGAAAAUAGCUAUUUAAUGUAGAAACCUUGCAGUAAAUAGGACCUGCUGUGUGUAUUAAUGAAGGUUUAUUUUGUGCUCUUAGUUGUUGCUCUUACUACAUUUGCUGCGUCUGGUCUUUGAGGACAUUGACUGUCCACUAGGAGCCGGACAAGGUCCAAGAGGCUAGGUCCUCUGCAGCUCUUUAUACAGCCCUUAUACAGCUAUAAAGUAAGACCCUGCAAGCUUCCAUGACUUGCUGUUUCUGUAUUUUGGAUUGAAAUAUGCAGUUAUGAUGUAGCUCCUUCCAUCUAUAUUUAUGCCAAAAUUUCUAUAUCUAUAUUUAUGCCAAAUUUGAGUCUUGGUUUACUUUCUAUAUGUGCAUUUAAAGAUUUUAUGAAUUUCUUGGUAAAUUCAGUGUAAUAAACUAAAAGAUGCAUUAAACAGUGUGACACUGGUGGACCUUUUAUGUGGCUGAAGAUGCAGACUUUAUCUGAGACCUUAUCUUCUGAGUGAUGGUUUUGCUUUCAACUAAUUUCUGAUCAAAGACCCCAUUUUACAAACACAAAGAAAGAUAAAUAAAUGAAUAAAUAAACAAAGGCAUCCCCAUUACUGACAUUUAAAAGGACCUUGUUUUGAACUGUGCCAUACCUUAUUCCUGUUUUUCUUCUCUGCAAUGCUAUUGUGUCCUAGUUAGACCAGUCAAUUAUACCAAUCAUACUAAACUUAAAUUCAACUUUAGUUUUAUGGCACUUUUCAGACAAAAAGUGCCAUUCAAAGUGCCUCACAGAGGCUAAUAACAACAAUUAAUAACAAUAAAACCUGACCCUCUCACCCAUGGACACACACACACACGCACACAGUGUGAGAAUUGAAGAUAUAAUGUUAAAGAGACAUGGCCUACCUUUGGGAAGAGCUACCUUUGGGAAACACUGGAGAUAAAAUGGUAAAAAAGAAGGAGUAAAACCUGAUGGACUAAAACAAGAAAAUAAUAUUAAAUGAACAGAUAAGUAAGAGCUCUUCACCAUAUAAAAAAGGGUUAAAAGAAGUAAAAACCUCUAAGACGGUAAUUAAGAAAAGACAAAGAACAGAGAUAAUUAAUAAAAUGACAUAAAAUAAACAUUAAGAACUUUGAUUAAAAUGAACAUUUGCAAUAAGAGAAAUAUAGAAAGUCAAUUAGUGAAAAGCCUGGUUAAAAAGGUGAGUCUUGAGCCUCUUCUUUUAAACAUCAACAGCCUCUGCGGCCCUGAGGCUCAAAGAGUUGAAGUUUGAAUAAAGAGCCAGUGGUCUGUACAGACUCAUUUCUCUGUUUUCUGUUUAUUUCAGUGUGUAGCCUUCCCUGAUGCCGCUCCCCAAGCUCCCACCCACAUCCUUGUGGUGCCAAAAAAGCCCAUUGUGAGAAUGUCGGAAGCUGAAGACAGUGAUGCUGCAGUAAGUGGGAUUGCUUUUUACUCACCAUUGUGUGUUAUUAGUUUUCCUUCAUUGACCACUAGAUGGGAGUCUACAUACACGACUCCAUGUGUGCCAGGACGGUUACAGUAUUUGAGUACAAAGUUUUGAGCAAUGAGUUGAGAACCGUUGUUGAUGCAUGCAUUCGUUUUCUCUUCCUCUCUUAGUUGUUGGGCCACAUGAUGAUAGUAGCAAAGAAAUGUGCAAAAAAUGCAGGUCUGACUAAAGGCUACAGGCUUGUCGUCAAUGAUGGACCGGACGGUGGGCAGUCAGUCUACCACAUCCAUAUCCAUAUCCUGGGUGGCCGUGGUAUGGGAUGGCCUCCUGGUUAACCUCCACCUCUCAACACAAACCGUCCUGCUAUGAGUGUGUGACCAGUGCUGUCCAAUUUUGACUAAAACUGUUUGUCACGUGAAAUAAGAGUUAAAGACAAUGUGGAAAUUCAGAAAUGAUAAUAAAUGCACUUCACUAUAGAGUCAUGAUCUGGUUGUCUUUUUUUUAUCUCCAUCUCUGUAUUGGAAAUUUAUUCUAACUAGAUCCAUCCUUUGCUUAUCUCCUCCUCCUCCUUUUAAUGUGUGAGCCUGGUAGAGCCCUCAGGUCUUCAGGUGGUGGUCUUUUAAUUGUUCCCAAAGUAAAAACUAAAACAUACGGUGAAUCAUCGUUCCAAUAUUACAGUCCCCAUCUGUGGAACAGCCUACCUGCAGACCUGAGAGCGACACCUACUGUUCAUAUUUUUAAAAUUAAACUAAAGUCCUACCUUUUUAAUCUGUCUUUUAGUUGAAUUUUGUUUUAAUCUGCAUUACAUGAUUUUACCCUAUUUUAGUCCUAGAGUAAUUAUUUUGUUCCUUACCUUUUUUUUUUUUAUUUACUCUCUUUUAUUGAUUACUAUGACUAUACUAUUUGAUUUAAAGACUUUAAUUUAAUUAACUGAUUACACUUUAUCACCUUUAUUACAUUUUAUCAUGGUUUUAUUGUUUUAGUCCUAGAUCCAGUGUUUCCUCAUCUUUUUAAACUCAAGACAGCGUUCUCCUGGGCUUUAGUGUAUGCAUCCGUGUGUGAGUACUGUAUGUGUUGAAUGGGGUUUGGUAUCUAUAAUUUAAUUUAAAUUUUUUUAAUUGUUUUUUUAAUAUCCCAUGCGAAUGGACAGCACUUUGUGCUACAUUCCAUCUAUGAAAAGUGCGUUAAAAAUAAAGUUUGAUUGAUUGAUUGGGGAAAAAGACCCUCCCGAGACAUGGAAUCUAGUCAUAGAGUGAAUAAGUAUGGGUUCAAAACUCCCACAGAAGUUUGAGUCUAAAAUCAACUUUUUUGGGGUAAAUGACUCCAAGUCAAAAAUGAAUAUAAACACAAGUGAAUGACUCUCUUUUAAUAUCAGUAAGAAACAAUGCAGGCUGUGGAACAAAUAUAAAAUACAUGAAACAUCCACAAAAUAUUAAACAAAAAAAUAAAUAAAAUGGUGUUUUUUUCUUUCUUUUUUUACAAAAAUAACAAAAAAACAAAGAACACUGAUCAGAUGACACAUAGAAUUUCAAAAAUAAACAUGUACCUAGCAUUCACAGUCCCCUAACUUCACUUUUUUGACAAAACAGGGAGGAGGGGAAAACACAAUUAGAGGCUUCAUUUGUACAGACAGAAAAGUUCCAGAGAGGCAAGGCAGUCACUUCUGAUAUCAGGCAGAGUGAUGUUCUUCUUCAUCAAGCUAUUUGACAUUUGAUGCAGCCUUUCACUUUUUCACUUCCUCUGUAUGAAAAAACACCACAACCUGAUGUGCAAAAUAAGAAAUCUGUUCUUACAUAUUUUCUUUUCAUCAAUGCCCUUUUACAGUUGAAAUGGGCACUUUGAGGCAUUGAAAUACAUUUGCAGUACAGUAUAGAGAGAAGGAAAUGAACAUGUAUUCUGGUACCUAAACUCACUAUUGCAAACAUUUCUAUAUUCUAAUAUACUGCCUUACUCUAGAACACAGAAAAUUAGCUGGAGAGAGACUUGGAAAAGGGUUAGUCUCCAUAAAGCAACUAGAAAAGCAGCAAAGUCAUUGAGGAAGAGGUUAACCACAAUCUCUCACUGUUUCAGUUUGCUGGAGCUUCUUAUCAAUGGUAAAAGAACAAUUCAACUCAAGUAUGUACACAAGCAUGAAGCCAUGUUAGGAGCACUUCCUUUUCCAAGUUGUUUUCAUUUACACUAAUUAAAAACAGAGAUUUUCAUGUGUUCUUUAAACAAAACAUUAACUUAAACCAACAGCAGCAGUUGUUUCACACUCAGGUUUCGUGUGUACUUACGAUAAAACCGGUUAAAUAAAACCAAAAGGAAAUUAAAUCCAAUGUCAGGUGAUUAAAAACUUUAAAAGAAAAGGUCUGCAGUUUGUACAGUACCAGUAUCUACAAUAUUCAUUGCUAGUUUAAAAAUAUGUCUCAUCCCCUGUGACUGACAAAAGUGGAAAAACCCAAUUGGAAAUCAAUACAGUAGGGCACUUAAGUACAUGUACUGCUAAAAGCAAAUAUUCACAGGCCACAAAAGACAUGGCAACAGAAAUUAAACUAGUGUUUCACGUUAAUAAAUAAAACUCUUGAGUCUGAUUUGUUGACAGAAGAAUGAUUCCAACAUUCAGAAAAACUGCAAACUGUGAAGACAAACUAUAAUAUUUGAGAUACAAAAUGUCAAGAUUUUGCACCACAAAUGAAUUUCCACAUGGCUCAACUGUUAAAAAAUGACAGCAUCAUUAAUGUUGUUAACUUUGGUAAGUGGUUAUCUUGAGUGAAAAUGGUCAUUGGUUUCCAGGAUACUCUAAUGUAAAUUUAAAAAAAACUAAGACUUAGCAUUAGUAUGAUCAACACAGACACCAGCUCUCAUGAAGAAAGCUCUCAGCCCCGUCCUGUACAUGCUACUGGAGUUAAACACUGUGUGCGACACCACAGAGAGAAAAGGAAAGGGUUAAACAUAAAGGGAGGAAGGCGGAGGCACUAAACUUUCAUUUUCAACAGAUUCACUCUACGCUUUAGUGGACGGUUGCAGUUAGAGUAUCAAAAACUUCUCCAACUUCUGAUAAAUGAUGUCGAUGCAUGUCUGUUACUUAAGGCUGCUGAAAUACUGGCUUAUAAAUCAUUGUGGUGUUUUACAUUGUACAAUAGAGUAAAUAGACUAGUGGGAUUGUUAUUUUACAAUGCAUUCUGUUUUUCUGAAAGGAACUUCAUUAAAAAGUCUUAUUAAAGUUGAACAUCAUUUAGGGGGGAGGAGAAGCUGCUACUGUGGAGGGUGUGUUUUAAGGCAUGUCCUUCGAAUAGGUAUUAAGUAGGGUCCAGACACAUGGAGAAGGCAAGAGAAAGAGACUGAAGGAGACUGUACAAGCAGGUAUCUGUCCACUGAGAGAGCAGCCAGGUAAUAUUCUGUCCAUCAGGUAGUCAGGUCAGCGAGUUAGCAUGAAGAGUUUUGAAGUUGAGAAACUCCAACCAUGGCAGUCAAUGUGUUAAUUGGCUAAGUUUCUAAGGGGGUAUAUAUGCAUGAUGCAUCAGUUGGGGUUCAACAUUGUGAGUCCGCAAGUUAUUUUGAAGCGCUUCAUCUUCAGCCUGAUAAUACUUGGGCAUAAAUUUACACUAUAAUCAUAUUACUGGACUGAAUUACUGAUUAGGAUGGCAAGUGUUCAAAAGAUUCUAUUCCUGCUUCAUUGCUGUGAAACACGGAUCAUCUGUCAGCUGCACUCAAAUUGAGACUGUCGUUAUUAUUCACAAAGCAAUGCUUGCAGGGAAACUUGUUCACUUCUGUGCAAUGGCCUCUUCUCCGCUGGGUCGCAUGCGAUUGAAGGGCAGCCCUCCAACUCCUGCUAACCCUAAACCCACACUCGGUUCCCGUGCCGUCGUCUCUGUGUUGGCAGUUGAUCCUCCAGGACCAGGUAGGAUCUCCGGGAGUGAUUCUUUGGCUUGGGGCGCAGACCCAGGGCUGGUGGCAGAGAGGGAAGUUGUUGUUCUGGUGGUUUGGGGCUUAGUAGGAGUGGUAGGGCUGGUCAAACCAAGGCUGGCCAGAGCA